GAGUUUUCCUCCAGUAACUGAGCUCUGGAGCGCUCGUGUUGACUGAUUCAGACGGCUGGAGUCUGACGCAGAAGCACAGGGGGAGUAUUGUGUCGUCUGGAUGGAUCCCCCUCCGGCUGUGAAUCACUCUCCACACGUCAGGAAUCUGAGAGACUUCAGGAUCAAAGCAGGGAAUGCUGAACGCUGCCAGAACAACUCCAGCGAUUGUGGAAAUGUGUCCAGCAGAAUCCAGAGGCACUCACCUGGAGCUUCAGGACAACAUUCAGUCCAGCCUCCAAAAUCACAGAGGAACGUCCAGUGUUUCACGUGCUCCACCUGAUUAUACGUAACAUCUCGAAAGAUUUCUGACGCUCUCGAGCCUCAAGGAGAAUUGACUGAGGACCAGACAAGGCUGUGGAUGAUCCUAGUAGAAAUAUUGUUAUAUAACUGCUGUCAAGAGGUCAAGGACGACUUUCUGAUGAAUUCCGGAGGGUUCCACGGCGCCAUCAGGCCGCUCGACAUGGAGCCGAAGGUCAACAAGCUCGCGUUCGGCUUCCAGCGCAGCUCCACCUCGGAUGACGACUCUGGCUGCGCCUUGGAGGAAUACGCAUGGGUGCCGCCGGGGCUUCGACCAGAGCAGGUCCAGCUGUACUUCUCCUGUCUACCUGAGGACAAAGUCCCUUAUGUGAACAGCCCCGGGGAGAAAUACCGCAUCAAACAGCUCCUGAACCAGCUCCCUCCUCAUGACAAUGAGGUGCGAUACUGCCAGUCUCUCAGCGAAGAAGAGAAGAAGGAGCUUCACAUGUUUAGCGUGCAGAGAAAGAAAGAGGCCCUCGGGCGAGGAACUCUGAAACUGCUGCCAAGGACGAUGCUUCAUGCGGCGUGUGAACACUGUGGAGAGAACGUCAGUGGAGGGGAGAUGGUGGUGUUUGCUUCACGGGCAGGACCUAGUCAGUGUUGGCACCCAGCGUGCUUCACAUGUUCCACCUGUAAUGAGCUCCUGGUUGAUCUCAUUUACUUCUACCAAGAUGGCAAGGUCCAUUGUGGACGGCAUCAUGCUGAAUUACUAAAGCCACGCUGUUCCUCUUGUGAUGAGAUAAUUUUUGCGGAUGAGUGCACGGAAGCAGAGGGUCGUCACUGGCAUAUGAAGCACUUUUCCUGCUUUGAAUGCGAGACCAUCCUGGGUGGUCAGCGGUACAUCAUGAAGGAUGGUCGGCCCUACUGCUGCGGUUGCUUCGAGUCUCUGUACGCGGAGUAUUGUGAGGCCUGCGGUGAACACAUCGGAGUGGACCAUGCCCAAAUGACGUAUGAUGGCCUUCAUUGGCACGCCACAGAUGCUUGUUUUAGCUGCGCUCAGUGCAAGGGCUCCUUGCUUGGGUGUCCCUUUCUACCCAAAGAAGGCAGGAUCUACUGUUCCAAGGCCUGCAGCCUUGGGGAGGACGUCCAUGCUUCAGAUUCUUCAGAUUCAGCUUUCCAAUCCGCAAGAUCUCGGGAAUCACGGCGCAGCGUGAAGAUGGGCAAAAGCAGUCGCUCUGCAGACCAGUGUCGACAGUCUCUUCUCUUUUCGCCCGCAGGCAACUACAAGUUCCCCGGACUCUCAGGGAACGCCGAUGACACCUUGUCCAACAAGCUGUCACAGCUAAGCUUCGCAGAUAACCACUUCUGGAGGAACAGGGAGGAGCAGGAAGCACCUGAGGACCAUGAGGAAUGGGCUGAGCACGAGGACUACAUGACCCAGCUCCUCCUCAAGUUUGGUGAACAUGGGAUGUUCCAGCAGCCGGACGACACCAGGCCGACUGACCUCUGGACGGCCGAUUCUGAGGGUAAAAAAAAGAUGGAGUCAAGGAUGCCAGGCAGUGGUGGAAUGGCAAUCCUGGCCAGUAAAAAAUACAAGGCAGACAUGUACUGGGCACAGUCCCAGGAUGGACUAGGUGACUCUGCGUACGGAAGCCACCCUGGACCUGCAAGCAAGAAGCUCCAGGAGCUCGAUUUGGAGCAUGGAGCCAGCUUUAAGCAUGAAGAUAAACAGUGGUUUAAUGACUCACUGGAGUGCAUCACAGAUGAACUGAAGCAAGCAGAGCAGAACAUCAGAGACUCGAUGGACUCCUUGGCACUCUCCAACAUCACAG